AUGUUAUAUGAGUUUUUAUUUCAGGAAUUUAGGAUUGACGAGAAACCUGGUUGUAAAAACAAAGUUUUAUAUUAUAUUCUCUUUAAAAGCCUGCGUUUGUCGGGUUUAACUUCAAAAUCACUACAAGAAACAUCGCAAGAAAUCAAUUUAUUGGAGGAUAUAAAUGAGGAGGAAAAGGUAGAACAAAUUUUAUUUGGUACAAAUAAAGUAGAAAGUGAGAAGACAGUAGAAGAUAAAGUUUAA